AUGGAUGUUAGUGCACAUGUAGCAUUGCUGGAAAAGUUGAUCGCCUGCGGUGCGGACGUUCAUCAGCUGAACAAUCACGGCGAGUCAUCCGUCUUUUUCGUCAGAAAUAGCCACCUGCUGGAUGUCCUUCGCAAGCAUGGAGCUCAGUUGGAUCUUGCCAAUCAAGCUGGAGAAACUGCCCUGGAACGACAUCUUGUCAACUACAACGUCUGUGUGGCAAACUCAUUACUUACCCACCUUCAUGACCGACCCUGUUUCAAGCAGCAUGCCCACAAGUAUCUCGCUCCAAUGAUGCGUUACAGCAGGGACUUUUUCAGCUGUGAUUACCAAAAAUUUCUCGAAGCUCACCCCGAAUCAGCCAGAGUCAUGUUCGAUUCCGUGUGCGGUCAUUCACGCGAGGAGGCUUCCCGGCUGUUUGCAAAAGCUUGCAACUGUGCCUUUAUCUACAUAUCGGAAAUGUUCCUGAGCGGCAACUACGACCUGGAUUACAACUACAAGUUUGAGUACAAUAACACGCCCUUGAUCGGUCUGCUCAACUACAUGGAACUGCCAAAUUUGCACAUUGUGAAGCAGCUGCUGGAAAAGAAGGGUGUUGAUGUGCAGGUGAGAAAUGAGUGCGGUUGGGACGCAUUGCUUACGCUGGUCAGAGGAUUUCGGUCUGCCAGGUGCCAUGGACACGGGCUUGAAACGGUGCAGUUGCUGCUGGACCAUGGAGCGUCGGUUCAUACUACAGGCGAUGACGGCAAUACGGCGUUGCAUUUGGCAUUUGCAGAUGGCGAAAUGGAACUGGUUGAGCUGUUGGUCCGGAAUGGUUCCGACUUGGGUGCUGUUAAUAACCAUGGAAAGAGGCCUUUUGAAAGAGCAUCUAUGUUGGAUCAGGAACUGUUUUAUUUUUACAGUUGA